GGCCAGUUCAGGCCAGUGCAGUCCAGUACAAACUAGUGUCAGCCAAUAAUAAACUCGCUUAUGGUCUGAUAAGUGCCAAAUCGGUGCCAAUACCCGAAGUCGUUUUCUUUUUUUUGCUUUGAGUUUUCUGGGAUCCUAUGCCCCUCAAUAGCGCUACUACCACUACAGAUAUUACAUCACCAACACAAUAGUGAAUAGUGCCCAGUCACCAGUGCUUAUCUUCGCAGCCUUACCAACACCCUCACCAUAUAUCCAAUUUUAGUUCCAAAAACACCAAUGUCUGCUCCUUCCAUACCGAAUCUCUUUUCUCUUCGAGGUUCAAGAGGAGCUUCCCGUGGCCGGGGCCGUGGGAGAGGGGGCCAUCCGCAAUCUGCAGCACUCAGCCACGAUACCACGAUCCAAGGUACAGAUACAGAUGCAGCUGUAUCACGUAUGAGUGCCGUGGAUCUCGGCUACUUGCAAGACCCUUACGCGCAAUACUUUGUUCAGAAUGCUGCUGCAGGUGGCCUUGUCAGAAGGCUGCCCAUCAUAAAUCGAGGGACUUAUACUCGGACUACUGCGUUGGAUAGAUUAAUCUCCUCAUUCUUGUCUAACACGGGGUCGGAGGAGCGACAAAUUAUUUCACUUGGUGCUGGCACAGACACGAGAUGUUUCAAACUCUUUUCUCAGCCCAACCAGGCUGGCCUCGUCUACCAUGAGGUUGACUUUCCAGCCAUCGCUACCAAGAAGUUGCAGCUUGUGAAUGCUGUUCCUCAACUCAGAAACAUCAUUUCUAACCCUGUAUCUGAUAACAACAGUUGGAGUAGUUCCAGCCUAUCAAACGGUUGCCAAUAUUGGUGUCAUGGGUCAGAUUUGAGAGACCUACUAAAAGAGGACGCAAAACCACUUGGGGGUGUCCGCACGGAUAUUCCGACCCUCCUGGUCUCAGAAUGUUGCCUGUGCUAUCUAGAGACCUCGGAAGCACAAGGAAUAAUCAAGUACUUUACUGAGAAGAUACCAAACCUCGCUGUCGUCAUUUAUGAACCGAUAUAUCCUGGUGAUGCAUUUGGCAAGCAGAUGGUAUCUAAUCUAGCAGCGCGACGGAUACGUAUGCCAACGCUAGAUGCUUAUCAAGACCCUGCGCAGCAACAGUCUCGGCUCAAGGAAGCAGGUUUUGACCGGGUGAAGAGUAUGACGAUAGGAGACAUAUGGCGGCAGUGGGUCGCAAAGGGAGAAAAAGAAAGGGUCGAUGACUUGGAAGGCUUGGAUGAGGUCGAGGAAUGGGACCUUUUGGCAGACCACUACGUUGUCGUUUGGGGUUGGAGAGGGGAUGGAUUCGGAGGUUGGGAAAUUGAAUCAGGAUGAAAUGAGCGGACAGGAUACCGACAAUUUUCGAGCACAUGCCUUACGUGUAGCACUUGCAUACAUACUUCUUAUAGGUAACGUGGCUUGCCGCCAGGGAUUUCGGGAUUUCUUCUCAUUGAACAUUGAAUGGUGUUGAUGUAGUCCGAAAAGAUACCUCCCCGAGCACAUGAAUACUACCUAGUACUUGUAUGAGAGCAUUCGAUGCUAUUACAUAGGUAUGCAUUAGUACUACUACUAUGCCGUAGGCAGUGACUAGUCAAUCAAUGAGACUCAAUGCUAUCUACAAGAGCCAUUCAUCCAUAAUGUCUUACAC